AUGGCUGACGGUGUUUUCCAAGGUGCUAUCGGUAUCGAUUUGGGUACCACUUACUCGUGUGUUGCCACUUACGACUCCAACGUCGAAAUCAUUGCCAACGAGCAAGGUAACCGUGUCACCCCUUCGUUCGUCGCCUUCACUUCGGAAGAAAGAUUGAUCGGUGAUGCCGCUAAGAACCAGGCCGCCCUCAACCCCAAGAACACCGUGUUCGACGCCAAGCGUUUGAUCGGUAGAGCCUUCGACGACGAGUCGGUGCAAAAGGACAUCAAGUCGUGGCCCUUCAAGGUUGUCGACGACAACGGCAACCCCAAGAUCGAGGUCGAAUACUUGGAAGAAACCAAGCAAUUCUCGCCCCAAGAAAUCUCGUCGAUGGUGUUGACCAAGAUGAAGGAAAUUGCCGAAGCCAAGAUCGGCAAGAAGGUGGAAAAGGCCGUUGUCACCGUCCCCGCCUACUUCAACGACGCCCAAAGACAAGCCACCAAGGACGCCGGUGCCAUUGCUGGUUUGCAAGUGUUGAGAAUCAUCAACGAACCCACUGCUGCCGCCAUCGCCUACGGUCUUGGUGCCGGUAAGUCCGACAAGGAAAGACACGUGCUCAUCUUCGACUUGGGUGGUGGUACUUUCGAUGUGUCGUUGUUGAACAUCACUGGCGGUGUCUUCACCGUCAAGGCCACCGCUGGUGACACCCACUUGGGUGGUCAGGAUUUCGACACCAACUUGUUGGAACACUUCAAGAAGGAGUUCGAAAAGAAGACCGGCAAGGACAUCUCGGGCGACGCCAGAGCCUUGAGAAGAUUGAGAACCGCCUGUGAACGUGCCAAGAGAUCGCUUUCGUCGGGUACCCAAACCACCGUCGAAAUCGACUCGUUGUUCGACGGUGAAGACUUCUCCGCCAACAUCACCAGAGCCAGAUUCGAAGACAUCAACUCCGCCCUCUUCAAGCUGACCUUGGAACCUGUCGAACAGGUGUUGAAGGACGCCAAGAUCUCCAAGUCGCAAGUCGACGAAGUCGUCCUCGUUGGUGGUUCCACCAGAAUCCCCAAGGUGCAAAAGUUGUUGUCGGACUUCUUCGACGGCAAGGCCUUGGAAAAGUCGAUCAACCCCGAUGAAGCCGUCGCCUACGGUGCCGCCGUGCAAGGUGCCAUCUUGACCGGCCAAUCGACCAACGACGACACCAAGGACUUGUUGUUGUUGGACGUCAUCCCCUUGUCGUUGGGUGUCGCCAUGCAAGGCAACGUCUUUGCCCCCGUGGUCCCCAGAAACACCACCGUGCCCACCAUCAAGAGAAGAACCUUCACCACCGUUGCCGACAUGCAAACCUCGGUCAAGUUCCCCGUGUACCAGGGUGAAAGAGUCAACUGCUCGGAAAACACCCAAUUGGGUGAGUUCGACUUGAACGGCAUCCCCCCCAUGCCCGCUGGCCAGCCCGUGUUGGAAGCCAUCUUCGAGAUCGACGCCAACGGGAUCUUGAAGGUCACCGCCGUCGAAAAGGAAACCGGGAGAUCGGCCAACAUCACCAUCUCCAACUCGAUCGGGAGAUUGUCGUCGGAAGAAAUCGAAAAGAUGAUCUCCGACGCCGAGAAGUUCAAGUCCUCCGACGACGCCUUCGCCAAGAGACACGAGCAAAAGCAAAAGUUGGAAGCCUACAUCGCCUCGGUCGAAUCCACCGUCACCGACCCCGUGUUGUCGGCUAAGAUCAAGAAGUCCGCCAAGGACAGAAUCGAAGCCGCCAUGUCCGACGCUUUGCAAACCUUGGAAAUCGAGGAAUCGUCGGCCGACGACUACAGAAAGGCCGAGUUGGCGUUGAAGAGAGCCGUCACCAAGGGCAUGUCCACCCGCUAA